CCAUUCUCCUAUUGGUCCAACAACCCUUCAAUCUAAAAAUACUGUAAUCUCAUUGGCUGUGGGCAUUGUCGUGGGCAGUGUUUGUUACGGAGUUUGUGAGCCCUGUGUCCUUUUAGCUACACUUCGUAUUUUUGAUAAUAUUCAACUUAAAUGAACUGAUCCGGUUGGCACCUGCUUUUUAUCUCUCCAAACAAGACAGCACCAUGGCUACAAUUGGUAGACUCUCCACUAAAGAUUCAGUGCUCUUCCUUUGUGACAUGCAAGAGAAGUUCAGACCAAACAUUUUUCAAUUUACCAACAUUGUCAGUAACGCUGCCAGGUUGCUCCAGGCCAGUCGGGUAUUGGGUAUCCCUCCUAUUCUGACAGAGCAGUACCCUAAAGGGCUGGGACCCACAGUACCUGAACUUGGAGCGGGGGAAUUGACCGCUCAUGCCAAGACAUCUUUCACCAUGAUGAUCGCAGAAGUGGAGAAGCAGCUGCAGGAACUGGGGAACCCCAAACAGGCCAUCCUCUGUGGAAUAGAGACUCACGCUUGUAUCGCGUGCACAGCGUAUGACCUGCUUGAAAAGGGGAUGGAGGUUCACAUUGUAGCAGAUGCAGUCUCAUCCAGAAGCCAAACAGAUAGACUUUUUGCCCUCUCUCGUCUGAAGCAGAGCGGGGCUUUCCUCACCACGACAGAGGCCGUUCUGCUGCAGCUUGUUCAAGAUGCAAAACACCCAAAUUUUAAAGAGAUCCAGAAGCUGAUGGCUCAUCCCUCUCCUGACACAGGCCUCCUCACUUUCUUUCAGUGGUCUUUAGAAAGUUCAUUUUUACUGUAAUUAAAAGUAAUGAAUAAGUGCUUUAAUAAAUCACAGCUGCUACUUUAA